GUUCGCUCAGCUGUUCGGUUCCUCUCGUAGUAGAGCUGUGUAGUAGCUGACGCUCAGCUUUACAGCAUUAAUUGCUUUUAACUAGGUACAUAUUCCAACAUGCCGUUCUCGGAAUUGUACUUUAAUGUGGAUAAUGGCUAUUUGGAGGGUCUGGUGAGAGGUUUUAAAGCUGGGAUUCUGACUCAGGGGGAUUAUCUGAACCUGGUGCAGUGUGAAACGCUGGAAGACUUGAAGCUGCACCUGCAGAGUACAGAUUACGGAAGCUUUCUGGCCAAUGAAGCCUCUCCCCUCACCGUAUCAGUCAUCGACGACAAACUGAAGGAGAAGAUGGUGGUGGAGUUCCGCCAUAUGAGAAAUCAGUCAUAUGAGCCUCUUGCCAGCUUCAUGGAUUUCAUCACAUACAGCUACAUGAUUGAUAACGUCAUUCUCCUGAUCACCGGAACUUUACACCAGAGGGCUAUCUCGGAGCUGGUGCCUAAAUGCCACCCAUUGGGAAGCUUUGAGCAGAUGGAGGCUGUCAACAUUGCUCAGACUCCUGCUGAACUGUACAACGCCAUCCUGGUCGAUACACCAUUAGCUGCUUUCUUCCAGGAUUGCAUCUCAGAGCAGGAUCUUGAUGAGAUGAACAUCGAGAUCAUCCGCAACACCCUCUACAAGGCUUAUCUUGAGGCCUUUUAUAAGUUCUGUACCAAUCUAGGUGGAACCACAGCUGACACGAUGUGCCCUAUUUUAGAGUUCGAGGCAGACAGAAGGGCCUUUAUAAUCACCAUCAACUCAUUUGGAACAGAGCUGUCAAAAGAGGACCGGGCUAAACUUUUUCCACACUGUGGAAAGCUUUACCCAGAGGGGUUAGCACAGCUCGCAAGAGCUGACGACUACGAGCAGGUCAAAGCCGUGGCCGACUACUACCCUGAAUAUAAGCUUCUUUUUGAGGGUGCUGGCAGUAACCCAGGAGAUAAAACACUAGAGGAUCGCUUCUUUGAGCAUGAGGUGAAGCUGAACAAACUGGCCUUUCUUAACCAGUUUCACUUCAGUGUGUUUUAUGCUUACGUGAAGCUGAAGGAGCAAGAAUGCCGCAAUAUCGUAUGGAUUGCAGAGUGCAUUGCCCAGAGGCACCGCGCCAAGAUUGACAACUACAUACCUAUUUUCUAAAAGUUCGACGCUCUUAAUUACGCGAAUAUUGUCAUUCCUGCCCUUAUAUUUAUAAGUGUUGUAUAUUUUUGAUUCAUUUCUGUAAUAUUUAAUGAUUUGUGUCUGUCACUGAGACUCUCAUUCUGGCUAAAAAAAGAAUUACAUCCCAUUUAUAAAAAAAACAAAAACAAAACGGUGAUUGUUUCUACUUCAUGUUUCUGUUAAAGUUUAGUGGGGACUGAAGUACUUCAGCACAGUCAUACGGUACUUAAUCAUCACUAGCACUAAGCAUGACACUCUUUCAUUCCAGCAGCUGAAUCUUAUGAAACAGCAGCUUUUAUAUGUUUGCUUACCCAUCAGAUAAGACCUAUGCCCUUUUUUCAGAUGCAAGACCUUAUUAAGAAAUGUAAUAUGUGACUUUCCUAGUAAAACCACCAUUUACCAUUCACAUUUAACCAGCUAGGUUAAAAUGGCAACUUGCCCUUUCCUGGAUUAAAAUCGUGGACCUUAAUGUAUAUAUAAUAAAUAAGUAAUUCAGUAAUACAUUCUUACUUAUUUAUAUGAUGCAGAAUGAAGAUAUACAAAAAAAUGGGAUGCCUUUAUUGGUUAAAUACGUGUACACGUGUACAGUACAAUGAAAAUCAUUAUCCGCGUAUUGCUGUAUAUCUCUGCCAUGCAGCCCUUAAAGCCUCCCGGCUCCAGAGCUGCUGUACAGUGACUACCCCAGCGCUCUGACCAGUACCAAUAUUUGAAUUAAUUUUUCUUUCCUGCUUAGAGACAUGACAGUUCUCACUCAGUUUUUUCUAAGGAGUCAAGGAUGAAAGAAAAAAGAAUGACGUUGACAGAAAUGAGAUUCAAACAUAGUUUAAGUUUGCCUACAGUCUGAAUGUGAAUUGUAAAACAUCAAUAUUGAGAAAAGGAAAAGUUUAAAACUUUAGAUCUGGGAUAUAGACAAAUGUCAGUCUUUUGUAAAAUAAAUGGUUCCUUCACAAUCAUUUUAUAGUUUAAUCUUAACCCAGCAUGUGUGUUUUAAUAAAGUAUUUGUGAAAGGGGUAAAUGCUAAACCUCUGUAAAAAAUUGGUUUACAUGGACAAGUGUUGCUGUUGUGUGUAUAAACUCUGAAUUGUGUGUGAUUCCUGAAGUAUUUGUGAACUGUGCUUAUCAUUUUUUGUAAAUUAAUAUAGUUUAAAAUAGUGUGAGAUUAAUUGACAACGUAGAUCAAAUUUUAUUAAUGAGAGCCAAACAAAAGGUUGGGGUAUAUAUGAAUUUAUUUAGAUGUAAAAUAGACCUUCUAUUAAGGAAUCUUGCUGUAAAAUAUAUAGUACUGUAACCAUCUUGCUUGUGUGUUAAAUAUGCUAAAUAAAUUAUAUGGAAUCUGUCUGAA